CCGCUCCGUCCUCCCCUUCCCAUCUCAGGGGGUGCCAUUAUUUUGGGGUGGAGGCUCUUUUGGCGCGCUUGCUCAAGUUUGAACCUCGAGCGAAGGAAGCUGUUCUCACUAUGACUACCGAGUCAGCCUGGAGCGUUUCUCCCCCUGCAGCUGACAGGUGUCAGGCAGAAAGAGAAGAGGGACCCGCUGGGGAAGGCUGCAGAACAAGCAGGCAGGCAGCCGCCAAAGCCCGCUGGAAGCUUCUCAGACAGGUUUUGAAGCAAAAAAACUUCGAGAAUGUCCACCUUCAGCAAGUGUCAGUAAGGAGAUUUGCUUCAUUCAGCCUGUUCUCAGUAACAGAAGAAGACAGAGAGUUGACAGAAGAUGACUGUGGAACUUGGGUCCAAUACAAAAGUAUUUACUUCCCUGAGUAUAUUGUGUCACUAAGGUGUAAUAGAGGACUAUUUAAUGUUGAAGAUGUUCUGACAAGCUUUGACAACACGGGAAAUGUUUGUAUCUGGCCUUCUGAAGAGGUACUAGCUUACUACUGCCUCAAGCACCAUGAAAUUUUCAGGGGCCUUGCUGUGUGUGAGCUAGGGGGUGGCAUGACAUGCUUGGCUGGGCUUACGGUUGCUAUUUCUGCAGAUGUCAAAGAAGUUCUGUUAACUGAUGGAAAUGAAAAGGCCAUCAAAAAUGUAAGCGAUAUCAUCAGAAGAAACCAAAAGGCAGGAGUAUUUAGAGCCCAAGCAGUCUCAAGCUGCAUUUUACGAUGGGAUAAUGAGACAGAUGUCUCUCAACUGGAAGGACAUUUUGACAUUGUUAUGUGUGCUGACUGCCUGUUUCUGGACCAGUACAGAGCUAGCCUUGUGGAUGCAAUAAAGAGAUUACUCCAACCUAGUGGGAAAGCAAUGAUUUUUGCUCCGCUCAGAGGGAAUACUCUAAACCAGUUUUGCAAUCUAGCUGAAAAAGCUGGUUUCUCUAUCCAAAGACAUGAAAAUUAUGAUGAACACAUUUCAAACUUCCACUCCAAGUUGAAAAAGGAAGAGAAAGAUAUUUAUGAUGAGAAUCUCCACUACCCACUACUUCUGAUUUUAUCCAAAUGUGAAUAGAGUAUGUGAUAGAUUUAUUUUGAUUACAUGGAGAUUUAUUUUGAUUCACAGCCAUGUGAAUGUUCAAUUUUAAGAAUAAUCAAAAUGGUAAAAAAGUUAUCACUUCUUGAGAAGAGAAAACCCUGAGCUGUAUGCAGUAUUACCAUUCCUCAAACUUUUGCAUUGAUUUUAAGAAUCAAUUCUGAUAAAACCCAAAGCCUUAAGAACUCCAUCCCCCCCACACACGAUUUCUUCAUCUAGACAAAAACAGUUUCUUCUGUUUGAAGUCUUAUGUUCUGUGCCUGUGUUUGACCAAGUGUAAAAUGCUAAAAGAUUUAUUGUUCUAGAGAGUGAAAAGAAAAUGCUGAUCAUCAUUGGGCAUCUAGCCAUCAUAUUCUAUAUGUGCCUUGUGCUAUAUUUUGUGUCCCCACUCCCGCAACACACACACACACACAGAGUUUGCGGUUUUUUUUUUUUUUGAAAAUUGCCUUCCUUCCCUUUUCAGACUGAAAUGCUUUAAACUUGCUUUGCUUGAUUACUUAAUGUUUUUUGACAACAGGAUCCCCCCUCCCCAGCCAUACACACUCUUUUCCUUGUAGAUGUAUAAGAAAUUACUGCUUCAAACCAAAGCCUCAUAAACUGACCAUUUGUCCUCUGGACACAAUGCCUUGGCCAGCCCUCUGCUCCUCCUCUCCAAUUAUGUGUGAUUAGUCUCAGUGUGUUGUGUCAAGAAGGGGGAGUGUGCAGAGUACUUAUUAUCUGUUUAGGUACAAGAAGAGUUCUCUCGCUAUGAAUGAAAAGUGAGCCUUUAUCAGUACUGAAAUCUAACUGCAACUGUUCCCCAGACCUCUUGUUAAAAAUAGAUCCUUGUCUGAGAAAUUCUGAAUGCUAUAGCAACUAGGGAGUUUCUGUUGCCCUCCACUACCCACCGCACAAUGUGUGUGUGUGUGUGUGUGUGUGUGGUUGCAUGCAAAUAUUUUGUUAAAGCUAACAUAAUUCAUAUAUUUGGUUAACAUAUCUCAGAAAUAAAACAUGCCCUUCAAAAAGAGGACAAAAGUGUUUGGGUUUGUUUUCAUGUAGCCUUAAAGGGAUUUUUUGGGGAAGAGGGAUUUCAGGAGCUUGCAGCCUGAGCUUUUAAAAUUAUCGAAUGCCCCCUCUUCAGUGUGUCCCCCACCAGGGGUUUUAAAAACCUGGAAUCCUGGCAAUAAUAAAAAAAAGAAAAAAAAUAAUGCCAUUCAUUGUGCAAUUUGUUGGCGAAAUACAUUAAAAUAAUUACCUUUGGUUUGUUGCUUUUCCUCUCUAGUUUAACAAAUUGAGUUGCACACAAAAGUCCUGUUCCCUUUCCUGCUCUCUUUGAAUGAGUUUCUUCACCACCAGUUUGCAUGUCCUUGUAUUCAACACUUUUUAUGCUCCAUUAGAGCACCUAUAUGGAUCUCAGAAGGCACAGGUCAAGUCGCAGUUAGAUCAUACAUUUCUUUCUCACAAAAACCUGAAUUGCAAUGCCAAGUGAUGGGCUAACAUCACAAUAACAGCAAUUUAUUCCUCUUUUGAUAAAACAGCAGUCUAUUCUCAGUGUUGGAUAAAGACCAGGGGCAAUGCAAACCAGCCAUUUAUCCUAGUAUUUCAGUGGUAGAUCUCCCUUUAUGGAUUUUAUGGAUUUCACAUUGAGACUCUUACUGCGUGGAAUUUCUGCUAAGAAAUGAUAAGAAUUUAGAGAUGGCUGGGGUUUGUCAUAGAGGGAACUCUCCUGCAAUCUGUCUGUGUCCCAUUGGCACAUAUACCAGGAAGGUGUGUGUUCAGUAGAAAUCUCAUAAUGGAGAUUGCACAAAAAUCAGCCAAAGUGUAAACCUUUCUGCAAAAGUGCUUACAAAUAGGACAAAUGGGUAAAGUUGCCAACUUUUGUCUAAUGACCCUGGAAAUUAUUGCUCUACUCUUUUUCUCCUCUGAGGAGAUAACAAGUAUAUCAAAAUGAACAACUAAUUAUUGUUGUUUGUUUCUUUUCCCUGCCUGUCAUGUCAGUACAAGCUGGUGUCUCAAAUGCAGCCUAUUAUCCCGUAAGGGUUUAAUUGAAGGGGUCUUAAGAACACGAUCCUGCAAACAUUUAUGCAUUGAGGCUGAAUGGUGAAGCUAAAUUACUCAUGCACAUAAUUGAUGAAAGGACUGGGGGGCCUAGACUGUAGCAUUUGCUGUUUUGGAUCAUUGUAUAACAUCAACAUUUUGCUCUGUUCCUUCCUUUCAAACUCUACUGUAAGGAAAACCAUAGAGGUGGUCUUUCUGUAACUUGUGCUUUGUUAUGGGACAUCCCUCCUGAUUUAUUCUUUACGUUAGAUUAAUUAAGCUUACAUUCUGUUAUUGAAAAAGAUUUGGAUCAUGUUUCUAUUCCCCAAAAUGUUAAUAAAGUUUUUAAGUUAAAUGCUUGCAAAAUUUCUGCGUGAAAAAAUUGC